CUCGGCCCGCCCCCUUCCCCACGGAGAGACCAAGACCUAAAGAGAGAGGGACAGGACGGGUGGACGCAGGCAAGCGGGCGGGCUGCGAGAGAGAGCCGGGCUACGUGGAAAGAUGGAGGACUGAGCAGGCGCGCGCCUCCUCGGACCGGCGGCGGCGGCGUCGACGGCGUCGGAGGCGUCGGCGGCCUCUCUAACUCAACUACCCUUCUCAGAGCCCGCGGUGCGGCAGACGGGACUCACCCGAGUCAGGUUUUCUUGAAGAAAUGAAGGUUUAAGCGAUAUUUAUCUACCAGAUCAAAAAAUGGGAGCAAACAGCAGCAACAUUAGUGACCUUUCAGAAAAUGAGUAUCUAAAAAGAUUAUCUGGAACAGAAUCUAUCUCUGAGAAUGACCCAUUUUGGAAUCAACUUCUUUCUUUUUCCUUUACUACACCAACUAACAGUGCUGAACUGAAGCUUUUGGAGGAAGCCACGGUCUCAGUCUGCAAGUCUUUAGUUGAAAAUAAUCCUCGAACAGGCAACCUUGGAGCACUCAUAAAGGUCUUCCUUUCUAGAACCAAAGAAUUAAAAAUUUCAGCAGAAUGUCAAAACCACCUCUUUAUUUGGCAAGCCCACAAUGCUUUGUUUCUUAUUUCUUGUUUGCUGAAAGUUUUCAUCUCUCAAAUGCCCGAAGAGGAAAUGCAGCUUCAUUUUACUUAUGAAGAAAAAUCUCCAGUCACUUAUCAAGCUGACUCUGAAGAUCUCAUAGAAGAACUGCUUUGCUGCUUAAUCAAGUUAAUCAUUGACAUCCCUCUCUUAGAUAUAACAUAUGGAAUAUCACUAGAGGCUGUGUCAACACUGGUUGUUUUCCUUUCCUGCCAACUCUUCCAUAAGGAAAUUUUGAGACAGAGCAUAAGCCACAAAUACCUGAUGCAUGGGCAGUGUCUUCCUUACACCAGCAGACUUGUGAAGACCUUAUUGUAUAAUUUCAUCAGACAAGAAAAGAGACCUCCCCCUGGAACCCAUAUCUUUGAGCAGCAAUCAGAUGGUGGAGGAUUGCUUUAUGGCCUUGCAUCAGGAGUAGCAACCGGCCUUUGGACAGUCUUCACCCUGGGUGGAGUAGGAAGUAAACCAGCACCUCAUCAGGAACAGUCUUCCCCUCUUGCUAGUCAGAGCCUCCUGCUCCUACUUGUCCUGGCCAAUCUCACUGAUGCUCCUGAUAGCCCAAACCCCUACAGACAAGCCAUUAUGUCAUUUAAGAACACACAAGACAGCACUGCUUUUCCCUCUUCAAAUCCACAUGCUUUCCAGAUUAACUUUAAUAGUUUAUAUACAGCUCUGUGUGAGCAGCAGAAGUCAGAUCAAGCAACUCUUCUUUUGUAUAUGUUACUACAUCAAAAUAGUAAUGUGAGGACAUACAUGUUGGCUCGCACAGAUAUGGAAAAUCUUGUUGUACCAAUUCUUGAGAUUCUAUAUCAUGUUGAAGAAAGAAAUUCACACCAUGUGUACAUGGCUCUAAUUAUUUUGUUGAUCCUGACAGAAGAUGAUGGGUUCAAUCGAUCCAUUCAUGAAGUGAUACUCAAAAAUAUUACCUGGUAUUCAGAACGAGUUUUAACAGAGAUUUCACUGGGUAGUCUUCUGAUAUUGGUGGUAAUAAGAACCAUUCAGUACAACAUGACAAGAACAAGGGACAAAUACCUCCACACAAAUUGUUUGGCAGCUUUAGCAAAUAUGUCAGCACAGUUUCGUUCACUUCAUCAAUAUGCUGCUCAAAGAAUUAUCAGUUAUACCUGCCGCCACUUGCGGAGAUAUGUCUCUGUCCUGGACAAACUGUAUUUCCCCCACUCUCACUGCUCUACGCUGCAGCAUUGCUUCUCGACCCUCAGUGACAAUGGAGAGGAACUCCUGUCUUUAACUUGCUCUCACAUUCUCAGAUCCUAUGCUUCCAGUUUGUUUUCUUUGCUAUCUAAAAAACACAACAAAGUUCUGGAACAAGCCACACAGUCCCUGAGGGGUUCUCUGAGUUCUGAUGAUGUUCCUCUGCCAGAUUAUGCACAGGACCUGAAUGUGAUUGAGGAAGUGAUUCGAAUGAUGUUAGAGAUCAUCAAUUCCUGCCUGACAAAUUCUCUCCACCACAACCCAAACCUGGUUUAUGCAUUGCUUUACAAACGGGACCUCUUUGAACAGUUUCGAACUCACCCUUCAUUUCAGGAUAUAAUGCAAAACAUAGACCUGGUAAUCACCUUCUUUAGCUCAAGACUACAACAAGCUGGAGCCGAGCUGUCAGUGGAAAGAGUCCUGGAAAUCAUCAAGCAAGGAGCUGUUGCACUGCCCAAAGACAGAUUGAGGAAAUUUCCAGAGCUGAAGUUCAAGUAUGUAGAAGAGGAACAGCCUGAGGAAUUCUUCAUCCCCUACGUCUGGUCUCUUGUGUACAACUCAGCUGUUGCCCUAUACUGGAACCCCCAGGACAUCCAGUUAUUUACAAUGGAUUCAGGCUGAGGGCCUGGCCCUGGCCUUCUUCCCUCCCUACCCCAUCCCACCCCAUGCAAAGCGACUCUUCUAGUUACCUAUUCCUGGAGGAGACAGGCCUGUGCAUACUCUAGACCUGAGGCUUACAACCUUGUAUAGUUUUUGACUUUGACAUUUCACACCAGAUAGUAGGAAAGCACCAAGUAUAGAAUGUGGCACAAAAAAAGAAAAGGACAAAAAACACAAUAAGAAUAAAAGUAUGAUAUGUGACCUUUAAUUUUAUUUCUCAACAGAAAACUUAGAGCUUAUCCAGAAAAUUGAUGCUUUAGGAACUCAGCAUAAUACUGCUUACAACUUGUUCAAGUGUUCAGAGAAACUUUGAGAUGGGAUGGGGAAAGAGGUCGUUUGGGGUAUUUUGUUUGGUUUUUGUUUUUGGGGGGGGGGUUUUAAUGCUAAGAAUGGGUAAAUGAGAAAAAGCCAAGUUAACAAACUGACUGGACAGGGAUUCAAGGAAAUGAAACUUAAAAUCAUAUAAAUCUGGUUACCUUUCAAGGAGGCCUUCUUUUAUUUAACCAGCUUUGAGUAUUUAUUUUCCUUUGCUUCUAUGCAAAUCAUCCUCUCAAAGAAAAAAAGGAUUCCUUUCUCUAAAGCUGUCCUUGCUCUCUGAACUGGAAGUAAAAUAGAGGCCAAGGGGAAUGCCUGUGAAUUGAUCUACUGUGUAUUGGGCAUUGGGAGAGGUUAAUUUUUAAAAGCAACUAAUUCUGUUGCUUUCGGGGAGUCGGGAGGAAGGAGGUGAGUUCAAUUCAAUUCAUUCAGUGAACAUUGAUUAAGCCCUAAGUUAGGUACUUUGCUGGGCUGGGGUUACAGAAAUAAAAACUACCACAAUCCCCUCCUCUCCCCACCGACCUCCUAGGGAUCAUGCCUGAUGGGGGAAACAGCCAUGUACACAAAUAACUGAGUCAGGGUGGAAUAAAGUCAAAGGAGAGUGCCAAAGGGCUCUAAGAAAUUUAAGGGAGACUGUUGAAGCUAGGGUGGGAUUAGAGAGGCCUUCAUGAUGGAGGUGGCUCUAACAGCCAAAUCCUUUUGAAGACGAAAACCAUGUGUUUCUCUUCUUCCCCCCCUCCCCUCCAAUCGAACUGAUUCAGCCAAAAAGGGAAUGUUCAGGAAGGAGCUUCGCUGAAGGAGACAGAGGCGGGCCUCUUGGCCGCCGUCUAACUUCAGCCUCUACCAUCUGCAGCUUGUUCAUCUCAGAAGCUAUAGACUUGGGAGAAAAGGGGGGAAAUAUCCAGACUGAUAUCUUUUUUUAAAAAAUAUUUAGACUUGCAGUGUUCUUUUCAGUGAAAAAAGCAAAAUGUCAGGCAGUUAAUGUUAUACGGGAGUCUCCUUUUUCAAACCUGUUCUCAUUUGGUGUCUUUCUGGGAACAACAUCCUUCAGGAUCAGAGAUCCAGAAUGACUUGGGGCUACUGGCUUUUUCAGAUGACCUUCUAACCAGCUUUUUUCAUUCAAUCUCUCCCCACUUAAAAAAAUAAGAAGAUCAGCUACAUUGUGAUAGUUAGCAUCCACGUAGAGUUAUCUGCUGUCCAAACUCCUUUUCUCUCUUCCCCAACGUGAGCUUCCCAACAGCCACAGGAGUUAAGAGCAGGUCGGCCAUCGUGUUUGAGCAUGACCAUCCAGAGGCAGCGGCACUCACCUCACUGACCUAGUUAGGGGCAGCCUAGUCAGCCAGCAUUCCUCCCCGCAAGGGCCGAGGCUCCUUCCCUGCUCCUGUGUUAGGUAAGCACCAAUAGUAUUGGUGCCCUUAGCUACUUUUCUCUUCCAUCUCUAGCUUUGGGAAAGAGGCCUCUCCCUGUAGAAAGAGGAAAUCUUCCGAUUAUCGGCUUAAGUAAAAGUUACAUUUAGGGUGGGCUUAGAAAAUGGUUCACAGCUUUGAAAACGAUGAGCAGAAUGGCUGAUGUGGUGGUUUGAGCUUUGGCCUUUCCCCAUCGGAAGCACUAAGAAGUUUGACAAGGCCGACCUCUCCCCCACCCCACCUGAAUGGGACUGUUGGGCCUUCACUCAAGUAUAAGAGAAGAGUUACUUAAAGGCUUCAGCAGGAAUAAAAUCGUGAGUGGAGCUCAAUGGCCUUACUGGUCAUUAAAGCUAAGGAGCUAAGGGAGGCAGGACACAGCCGGACUGACCAAGCUUCCCCUCCCCCUGCCAUCUGGCUUCUCCCAGCUGAUGUUCUCCUGAGCUUAAGAGGAGCAAGUCGGCGCCCCAGCAAAUCAUUUUCUUUCUGUUUCUCUUUUUUAAUUAACCACACAGUAGAGGGAUUCAGCCGACCAGCCACACAGCUGGGACCAAAGCCUCCAACUGAAGCAGGAGAGAGGGACAAUUACCAGAGCUACGUUGCCAGCCUAAGAGUGGUGGAGGCUGGGAGCCAAGGUGCAUGAGUCUGCCCAGCUUCUCACUCACACUCGCCCUCGCUCUGCUCUGAAAAAACUGGCCAUCUAGAACACCCUUCCUUCCAUACUCUGUGUGAGAGACUUAUUGUCUCAAAAUAAAAAAAGGGGGACAAACAACUCA